UUGCAUACAUUAUAUAAAGGAUCUACCUGCCGGGUAAAGUGUUAUCUCUCCUUUACUCCUUCCAAUUAUUUCUGCUCAGCUAUCCAUCACAUCACAUUUUUUUUUUUUUAACUUGACACAAUGGAGUCUACACUGAAAGCCACUGUUGAUGAAUUAAGGCAAGAUUUCCACAAACGAAUGGAAGCAUUUGAAGCGGAUCUGCAGAAGUCUUCUAGCACAGGUACCAGUACAUCUGGGUUGGCAGCCGAAUUUAUUUCAUACAGAAAUUUUAUCUCACAAGCGCUGGCUCUGCUGCAGCAACAAAUUGAAACCCUGGCUCAUGCAGUGGAUACAAUGGAGACACAGAGGCGUCGCAAGAUGCUUCUCUUCCAUGGAGUUGCUGAAGCAUCACAGGAAAAUUCUGCUUUGCUCGUCGCUGACCUUGUAAGGCUGCGUCUGUGUUUUGCGGACUUUCAAGCAGAUGACAUCCAACGUUGUCACAGAAUGGGUCGCACAUCAUCGUCAAAGAAGCCUCGACCCAUCCUUGUUAAGCUUCGUGACGUUAACACCAGGGAUAAAAUCUGGUUCAGCAAAACCAGACUGAAAAACUCCGGCGUAACACUGUCGGAAUUUCUGACAAAGACGCGACACGACGUUUUUAUGGCAGCACGUGAAAAGUUCGGCGUAACCAACUGCUGGACCAGGGAAGGCAGUGUUUAUGUGCUGGGCUCUGGUAUCCGACAUCGAGUUGCUUCGCUAAGUCAGCUCGGUAACAUUCCUGUUGAAGCGCAUACGGGGUCCAUUCCAGUGACAAAACAAGCUGCGCCAGCAAGGUCCAGACGAGCAGCAGUCUCGAAGAAGUGAUGUGUUUACUUUUAAGUAAGGUAUCCAGGUAUAAUGCUCUAAUACUAAAUUACCACCCGCAAUAUUUUUAUUUUUUUUCUGUAUUGUCAACAUAACCUCUUCGAUGUGUCACUUUUUUCUUUUUUUGUUGUGUCGAACAUGCCAAAUAUUGCGUUCCAUAUCCACUUAGCAGUUUUUUUUUUGUUUUUAGCAUCCUCUUGGAUCGUAUAUAUUUCUGCCUUUUGUUAGUGACUAGUAUUAGAGCAUUUACUACAACUUGCUUUUUUUUUUUUUAAAUAGUAUUUUUAUUUGUAAUUUAGUUUUGAUAUCUCUUCUAACACAACCGGCAGAUGGAUUUAUUAUUUUAUAGUUUGUUCAAGAGCCAUUUUGUUAUUUUCAAUUAGCUAUUCUAUUAUCAAGUAUCUGUAUCA